AUGUCGACCGUAGAAACAGUUCUUCUUAACCUUGCUUUGGCAAACUUACUUGUUUUACUCUCCAGAGGUGUUCCUGAUAUUUUAUUUGUCUUUGGUGCUGGCAAUAUUUUCAGUGACAUUUUAUGCAAGAUUAUUUACUUUGUACAUAUAAGUUUCAGAGCACAUGCUCUGUGUCUAACCUGUUUCCUCAGCACUUUUCAGUGUGUAAGUGUAACUGCAACAAAUAAAAAAUGGCUUCAAUUAAAGGCUAAAAUGCAAAAAUAUGUUCUAACUAUAAUUAUAUUUUUCUGUGUGACAAGUAUGGCAUCCAGUGUUGAUUUAAUCUUUUUUUCUUCUGCUAGGAAAAAUGCAACAAAUACAGAAAACUCAAUUAUUUUAGGAUACUGCAUUGAAGUUUUACCUUCUAAUAUCAUCUUAGAUAUAAUAGGAUAUUUAGUGCUUGCCCGAGAUCUCAUAUUUGUAAUUACCAUGAGUUGUUUCAGCUUUUAUCUCUUAGCAGUUCUAUACCAACAUAAACAGAAAGUUAAAGGUAUUCGUAGCUCUGACCGAAACAUGGAAAGUACUGCAGAAAACCAAGCAGCAAAAACUGUCAUCACGUUAGUUGUCCUGUAUACUUUAUUUUUUGGAAUAGGCACUGCUAUAUGGUUUUACCAAGUGGUAUCUGAAACAAGUUUUAGUGCAGCACCAGUUAUCCGAAAUUUUUUUUCAAUGUGCUAUGCUGCCUUUUUCCCACUAGUAAUUAUAACAUUUAACAGAAAAAUUCAACACAAACUAAACCAUUGUUGA